AUGGACGGCUCUGGCGCUGCUACGGGCCAGCCCAUUGUUCCCCCUCAGCAGCAGGCACAGCUGAUUCGGACUGAUCAAGUGCAGAAGCUGCCGCAUCUCAACGAUCAGCAGAAGGCCCAGCAUGCGCAGCUGGUCCGCAACCUCUGGGAGAUACUCAACAGCCGUGACCCGCAGAGUCCAGAGUAUCAAAAUGCGCAGCUGAAGCUCACGCAGCUAUCGCAGAAUCUGAUGAAAGGCAUGCGGCUCUUUCAGCAGAACCGCCAACAGCAGGCCCUGCAGCAGCAGCAGGCCCAAGCCGCCGCUGCAGCUCAGCAGGGCCAGCCAGUUCAACGCCCGCAAGCUGCGAAUCCCCAGUCGUUCAACCAGCUUCUGCCUCAGAUCCAGCAGAAGGUCAACACCUUACACUUCUUUCUUCCCCCGAACAUCAGCAAGGAGCAGACGCAGACAUGGCUGCCGGAGGCGAGGUUGAGAUAUGGAAUCGCGCUGCAGAAGCAGGAGAUCGGAAGGGCGCGUAUGAAUGAGCUGCGACAGCAGUUUGCGCAGCGACAGAGCGCGGGAAACGUGACGCAGGAGGAAAUGCAGGAGUUCAAGAAUCGACAGGUGGCGGCGGAGAAACUCUUUCGUGAAGGGAGUGACUUCCUCAACAAGUUCAAGGAACAGCAGGAAAGCUUCAAGACUCAGCAACAGAAUCAAACUCAAACCCUCAACCGGCCUACAGUGCCAAAUGCGCCAACUCAGGGACAGCCACAGCAGGCUGGCCCUGACCAGGCUCAAGCUGCUGCUGCUGCUGAAGCUCAAGCCCAGGCGCAGGCUCAGGCGCAAGCACAGGCUCAAGCCCAAGCUCAAGCCCAAGCCCAAGCACAAGCACAGGCGCAGGCGCAGGCACAGGCUCAAGCUCAGGCAGCUCAAGCUCAAGCUCGUCCAGCGAAUGCUCCUGCUCAGAUGCAUCCAGGUCAGGCUCAGCCUCCAGCGGCGCACACAAUCAACUCUGCUGUAACUGCCGCCCGCCAUCAGGCCGGGCAGGCGGCGAUGUCGCCUUCGACUUCCCAGCCUGGGCAGACACCGACAUCGCAAGGCCAGGCGCAGACGGCGACACCUCAGCCAGGGCAGAUGGGCGCGCAAGCUGGAUUUCACCAAACACCAAGUCAGCCGGCGGAGAACACACCGACACCUGGGGGCGUUCCUCAGCAACCUCCAACCCAGCAAGGCCCGCCCCGUCCAUUGUCACAUAAAGCCGCCAUGGCACAAGCCGCUCAAAACUACACCAACUAUAACAACCAGCAGCAACAACAACAAAACGUUGCUCAGCCAGCUGCCAACACCCACGCGCAUCCUCAGUACAUUAAUAACCGGCCUCCUGAGACCAACACUCGCAACGUCAACAUGGCUAUUCCGAAGAAUCUGAAUGUCCCUCCACCAGAGCCUGUCUCUAUGGGUCCUGCUCGCCCUACCUUGUCCGGUGGACCCAGCCACGGCGCGAUGGGCAUGAUGGGCCAGCCCGCCAUCCAGAAGCACCCGGGAUACGUUCUUGAGGGCGAGGGUCAGCGCGUUCUGAGCAAGAAGAUGCUCGAUACCCUGGUUCGUCAGGUCACUGGCGGUGGUGAAGGUGAAGGACUCACUCCUGACGCUGAAGAGUUCGUUCUUCAAAUGGCGGACGACUUUGUUGACGACGUGAUCACCGCUGCUUGUCGCUUGGCCAAGCUUCGUCCCUCCUCCACCCUGGAGAUUCGCGACAUCCAACUGGUGCUCGAGCGCAACUACAACAUGCGCAUCUCUGGUUUCUCGACUGACGACCUGCGCACCGUGAAGAAGCCGCAACCGUCCCAGGGAUGGAUGCAAAAGAUGUCCGCUGUCCAAGCCGCCAAGGUCACCCAGGGCAAGGUCGAGUGA